UAAACCCUCCCUCCCACCACCACUCCCCCACCGGAGCGAGCAGCAGCGCCAGCCGCCAGCAGCCAUCCAACUCCUCCCCGUCUCUCCUCCCCCUUUCUUCUCCACGCAAGCGCAAAAGAGGCUUCGUCACCAAAUUGGGCAAGAUUCUCUCUUUCCCGCACGCAACCAAUCGCCAGCCAGCCAGCAUCACUCGUCCUGCCGCGGCCGCUGUGCAACCAAGGAUUUUUCUGCCGUCCGUGCUUCUUGGGGGCUCCGAGCGCGCGCGCGAGCUAGCCUGCGUCGUCGUUGGUGUCUAGGUUCUUGGAUUGGCGGGCGAGCGAGCGAGCUUGCUUGCCGAGAUGCUGUCUGUGAGCUCGCCGAGGGUGCACAUGAGCCGGAACGUCGUGGAUUUGGGCCUGCUGGCCGCCUGCCGCUGCCGCCGCUGGGCCGCGCGCCCGGCGCCCAGGCGGCGCGCGCCAUGUGUUUGUUUCGUGGCCGCACCCAGCCAGACAGGUCUUGCGGCGAUCGACGUGCCGGCGGCAGAGACCAUUGCCAGCGCGGCGGCCGGGACGGCGAGGCUCCCCGAGCGCGUGUCCAUCGCUUCGCUCUUGGAUGUCGUCUCGGAUGACCUGCUCAAGCUCAACAACAACCUCAAAUCGCUUAUUGGUGCAGAAAACCCAGUUUUAGUAUCUGCCGCAGAACAAAUUUUUGGUGCUGGUGGAAAGAGAUUAAGACCAGCAUUGGUUUUCCUGGUGUCCAGAGCAACAGCAGAAGUAGCUGGCUUGUCGGAGCUAACUACAGAACAUAAACGUUUGGCUGAGAUCAUAGAAAUGAUUCACACUGCGAGUUUAAUACAUGAUGAUGUCAUAGAUGAUAGUGGGAUGCGCAGAGGGAAAGAAACCAUUCAUCAGCUAUAUGGAACACGGAUAGCGGUGCUUGCUGGUGAUUUUAUGUUUGCACAAUCUUCUUGGUUUCUGGCAAACUUGGAAAACAUUGAGGUUAUAAAGCUCAUCAGCCAGGUGAUCAAGGACUUUGCUAGUGGUGAGAUUAAACAGCAGUCGACCCUUUUCGACUGCGACGUCACCCUGGACGACUACCUGCUCAAGAGCUACUACAAGACUGCCUCCCUGCUCGCUUCAAGCACGAGGUCUGCGGCCAUAUUCAGCGGGGUGAGCACCGCCGUAUGCGAGCAGAUGUACGAGUACGGCAGGAACCUGGGGCUGUCGUUCCAGGUGGUGGACGACAUCCUCGACUUCACGCAGUCGGCGGAGCAGCUGGGCAAGCCGGCGGGGAGCGACCUGGCCAAGGGGAACCUGACGGCCCCGGUCAUCUUCGCGCUGCAGGAGUCGCCAGAGCUGAGGGAGAUCAUCGACUCGGAGUUCUGCGACACGGGCUCGCUGUCGGCGGCCAUGGAGCUGGUGCACAGGAGCGGCGGUAUCCGGCGGGCGCAGGAGCUGGCCAAGGAGAAGGGCGACCUGGCGCUCCAGAACCUGCAGUGCCUCCCCAGGAGCCAUUUCAGGACUGCACUUGAGAACAUGGUGAAGUACAACCUUGAGAGGAUCGACUAGAUGGAUGGACGGAUCAUUCACCUGGUCUGUCUGAAGAUGAGAUACAACCUGCAGGCGGGCCCAGAUUAGCUUGUACUGAAAUCCUGCUUGCCAGUAUCAUGUCGAUUUCUUGGAGAUGGUCGGUGCGACAACGUCAGAAAAACGUCGUCUAUUUUUGCAUAUCGUGUAAGUGCAAGGUAAAUAUAUUCACUGUAUAUGCGAAAGAUGGAGCUGUUCUUUUAAUUAGUAGUAUAACAUAAGAUAGCAGUAGUUAUUUUUUUCCUUGGGAUGAAAAAGAAAAACAUGUAAUUCCGUUUAUUUACAGUCGGAAGUAUGAACAUGAGUUAACAUGCCCUGUAAAACCUAGCGUGCGCCAUUCUGGACCGUUGA